AUACUUGUUUUAUUACUUUCAAAAUAUUUAGUAAAUUAUGUAACUAAAACACGUGUGUUUAGAAUAAUUUAUUUAAAUAUUUAGUUUGUUAAUUAUUAUUUUAUUAAAAGAUUAAAAAUUAAGCUGUAAUUUAUUCAAAUAUAAACGUCAAUGAAAAUAAACAAACAAUGGAUUCAAAAAAACUCUGCCCAUUUAAAGAAAAAUGCUACCGAAAAAAUCCAAUUCACUUCGAAGAAAUGUCACACCCUCACCUGGAAAAGUUAUUGAACGGACAGCUGACAGGGGACAUAAAUUUACCAUCAGAUUUAGAAUUCGAUUGCCCAGACCGCUCAGAGCUCGUGGAUCAGCUGAAAGUACUCCAGCUGACACUUCGUAAAAAAAAAACCAGCGAAAACCCAUCAGCGGUUACAGAAACUAAGCAGGCAUUGAAAAGAGUUUCGGAGCCGUCGACCAGUUCCGCAACAAAGAAAUCUAAAGACAGUUCAAGUCCCAGAAAAACUUCUUCCAAAGAAUCUCCAGCUGGUAAAUCUAUUUUCGAUGCAUUCAACUCCUGUACUGCAGACAAAGCGCGAAUUGAAAUCCGGAAUAGCGCAAUAGAGCGAAUGAAAAACGCAGGCCAGCAGAUUCCGCAUCUGGAGCCUAUGGGGCAGUUUGAUCUCAAGUACGCACUCUCAGCACCUUAUCAUCUUUUUCUAGCAUGCGUCCAAAAAGUCCCAGAGACUUGGAGUCAACCCUACAGCGUUACCUUCCCGGAAAUUCUUGACAUCAGUCUCGGAACGAUCGAAGAAAGUCUUCAUUUUAACUUCAUGGUCGACGUGGGCUGGCUCUGCCUGCAGUAUCUCUUUGCCGGGCAAAAAGCCGACAGUCAAAUCUUCCUGGGAUCUCGGUGCGAUGAUCUUCCUCUGCCUUCAAAUAUAAAAACUGUAAAAAUAGAAACUCCCACAGCCUUCGGAACUCACCAUAGCAAAGUGUCUGUUCUAAAAUACACAAACGGCGGUGCUAGAGUCGUAAUAUCAACAGCAAACUUGUACAGCGAUGACUGGGACAAUCGUACUCAAGCUGUCUGGAUCUCUCCUCACCUUCCCAAGCUAACGGAUGGAUCAAAUUCAUCUGGAGAAGCUCCUACAGGUUUCAAACGCGACUUUAUAGACUAUUUACGCGAGUACAAAAAUCCAGCGCUAGAAAAAUGGAUUUCUUUGCUCCAAACUUUGGAUUUUUCAUCAGUCAAUGUCUGCUUUGUAGCAUCAGUACCAGGAACUCAUCGCAACGCGACGCGUGGUCGAUGGGGGCUGCGUAAACUCGCGUCGAUCCUCUCUGAGCACGCGGAUCCACCAGCAGAAGCUGCCCAGUGGCCCAUAGUAGCCCAAGCUUCAAGUAUCGGAAGUCUAGGGCCCAGUUACGAUGCAUGGCUCACCCGCGAGUUCGUUCCCGCGAUGGCCAGUCUCAAAUCCCAGGGGCUCAGAUCCGCGCCAAAUUUCAAAUUCGUCUACCCGUCAAUUAAUAAUUUCAAAGAUUCUUUUGAUAUGCGCGUCGGCUGCUGUUGUCUUCCAUACUCUAAACGCGUUCAUGACAAACAGCCCUGGCUAAAUAAAUAUUUGUACCAGUGGAAAGCCGGUAACAAGUCACGUAAUCGUGCUAUUCCACAUUCAAAAACCUACAUCAGGUUAUCUCCAGAUUUAAAGAAAGUACCCUGGGCUGUUGUCACCAGUGGAAAUUUAAGCAAAGCUGCUUGGGGUUACGGACAAACUUCGACUACUAUUUUAAAUUAUGAAGUCGGUGUCGUUUUUCUGCCUAAAUUUUUGUUUAAAGCAAAAACGAUUCCUAUUAAAGAGCAAGACGAUCAAGGAAACCCGGUGUUUCCUCUGCCUUAUGACUUGCCGUUAACUCCUUAUGCUUCUGGUGACGAACCUUUUGUCAUGGAAUUCUUUAAUGUUUAAGUUUCAAGUUUUAUACACUUAUCCAAAAAAUUAAAGGAACAAGAAAAUUUUAUAAAUUUUUUAGUGAUUUUUGGAAGGCUGUAUUUUCGUGAAAAAUGAUCGCUGCGAAAAAAUAAAAAAAGCAAAUUGAAGCUUGAAAUCUGUAGUUUGAAGAUCUUCCAGCAAAAUAUUUUUUUGAGCCACGGUUUUUGCGGAAUCAUAAGAAAAAAGUCGAGACAAAAUUUUUCUAAAUUUUUUGGUUUUGUUUUUUAGGUCUACGGGGCCGGGAAAAAUUUUUUCAGAAAAACAAAUUCAUGGUUCGUUUAGGAAAUUUAUUCAGCUACAAUUUGCUUUUUUUUGUUCCUCUGUACGACAAUUUGCUGCUGAGAUAUCAGCCUUUAAAUGAAAAAGGAGCCUUUUGUCUUUGAUUAUUGAUAUCUCAGCAAGUAAUGGUCACACAGUAAUUUAAAGGGCAGUUUAAUAAACUUGAAUAAAUUCCCUACAAGCUCCAUUUUCGAUUUUUUCAAAAAAAAAUUUUUUUUCAUCCUUGAUAUCCAUUUGAAAAACCCACAAAAAAUGGCCAUUUUCUGGUUUUUUAGUCAACUCAUCACUACUCUGCAAAUAUUGAUAAAAAAAAGAAUGUUGCCAGGUAAUUUUACAGCUUAAUGUACUCCUAAAAACCCUGGAAAUUUUCAGAUUGAUCCAUUGAACCGUUUGUCCGGUCCGAUUGCUCAAAGUUUUGCAAAACAAUUAAAGGAACAAGUUUUGUUCCUUAAAUUGUCUAAUCAUUACCAAAAUGAAAAAAUUAAUUUUUUUCGGAUUUUCUUUCAUUUUUGCGUUAGUUAUUCAGUAAAUGUAAGGUAAAGAGGAAAAAAAAAUAUUUUUUCCGAAAAACGAAAAAAAAAUAACCCCCCGAAUGAAACGUAAAAAAAAAAAAAUGUAAAAAAAUUCUUGUUUGGUCUCGUUUUUCGGAAAAAAUAUUUUUUUUUCCUCUUUACCUUACAUUUACUGAAUAACUAACGCAAAAAUGAAAGAAAAUCCGAAAAAAAUUAAUUUUUUCAUUUUGGUAAUGAUUAGACAAUUUAAGGAACAAAACUUGUUCCUUUAAUUGUUUUGCAAAACUUUGAGCAAUCGGACCGGACAAACGGUUCAAUGGAUCAAUCUGAAAAUUUCCAGGGUUUUUAGGAGUACAUUAAGCUGUAAAAUUACCUGGCAACAUUCUUUUUUUUAUCAAUAUUUGCAGAGUAGUGAUGAGUUGACUAAAAAACCAGAAAAUGGCCAUUUUUUGUGGGUUUUUCAAAUGGAUAUCAAGGAUGAAAAAAAAUUUUUUUUUGAAAAAAUCGAAAAUGGAGCUUGUAGGGAAUUUAUUCAAGUUUAUUAAACUGCCCUUUAAAUUACUGUGUGACCAUUACUUGCUGAGAUAUCAAUAAUCAAAGACAAAAGGCUCCUUUUUCAUUUAAAGGCUGAUAUCUCAGCAGCAAAUUGUCGUACAGAGGAACAAAAAAAAGCAAAUUGUAGCUGAAUAAAUUUCCUAAACGAACCAUGAAUUUGUUUUUCUGAAAAAAUUUUUCCCGGCCCCGUAGACCUAAAAAACAAAACCAAAAAAUUUAGAAAAAUUUUGUCUCGACUUUUUUCUUAUGAUUCCGCAAAAACCGUGGCUCAAAAAAAUAUUUUGCUGGAAGAUCUUCAAACUACAGAUUUCAAGCUUCAAUUUGCUUUUUUUAUUUUUUCGCAGCGAUCAUUUUUCACGAAAAUACAGCCUUCCAAAAAUCACUAAAAAAUUUAUAAAAUUUUCUUGUUCCUUUAAUUUUUUGGAUAAGUGUACAAUAAAAUUUUUAUAUUAUUGCAUUUUUCUUUUACAUUUAAUAUUUAAAUAUUACUUAUUAAUCAAUAAAUAAUUUAUAAUUAUUUA